AUGGCGUCCCCCCAACAGCCCGCGCCUCCGAGACACAGUCGGGGUUUCAGUUUUGGUGGCAGGUCAGACAAUUCCAGCAAUUCUGGCAGCAAUAAAAUCCGUCUCACCGAAACUGCUGAGGAGAAACAUAAACGUACUUUACAUACCAAAGCCGACCCCAUGGUUGCUAUGAGCGAGGCGCAACCAAUGUUGGUUGCUUUGGAAAAGUCCACCAUCGGCUCUUUAAGGGAGAUGCAGCACAAAGAUCAGUACGGGAAUAUCAUAACCGACCCCGAUCUCUCCAAUCCCACCCGUUCUCGACUUGAACGUCCGCUAGAUACAAUUCGUUCUUUUGAAGCCGCCAUCUAUGGAUCGUACAAUAGCAGACCGGUAUCAUAUGCUAGAACAGACCAUGAAUCCACCCCUGGAGCAGAAUAUAGUAGACGCAGCAGCUACUUCGGUGGACACAACGGUCAUCACAGAGGCUACAACGACCAAAAUGGUCACUACAAUGGACGUGGAACAUAUUCCCGACCGGAAAGUUAUAUGGAGAGCAACUAUGGUGGCGGGCCCCCUGAGAAUCACUACCCAUACAAUCAAGGCGGCGGAAGGCGACCACGUCGGCACCGUAUGGAGCCCGAGUACCAUGGCGCACAAAAUGGUUAUGGGUCUAAUGGCUACCAUAAAUCUUACGAAAACGUGACGGCAGCGUCUGGGUCGGGGAGCAAUACCGAUCCUUGGGCCAACAAUUCCACCGAUCCAAGCUCUGUGAACAGCUCAAUCGACCAGCUGCAACAACAACAACAACAGCUGCUCCAGCAACAGCAGCAGGAGAGAGCAGUCGCAGAAAGGUAUGGGUUCGCAGGAUUCGGCCCUGAACCGAAUCUCAAUAAUGGCGGUGCGUUAGCCUCUGGCGCCGCUGGAACUGGACCAAUUAAGCUUGGGAAUUCCGCUCCAGUCGCCGAUCCCAACGCUGGAGGCCCCGUGGGUGGACCAGCCUCAGCCGCAGGUGCGCCCACCACCCGUCGCCAUCUUCGCAAAGCGACGAACGCCUCUGAUGCGAGCGAUACGAAGCGAAAAAGUUGGUUUAAGCGAAGGUUCAGCAAGGACUAG